UGUGCUUUUAUCUACAUGGAUAAUAUCAUUUAGAGGAGAGAAAGAGAGAGGAAGAUGGAGGUUGUUGUUAGCCGUAGCCUACAACAAAUGCAACCGGGUUACCCGUCCAAGUGCAUGGAAUUGAGAUGGGUUAGCACAAGGAAAAGCGGAAUUGACAAGGCAAAGAGGGUGCUGCUAAAGAAACCCUUAACACCACCGGCAUUAUUCCCAAUAUACAUAUCCACAAACCCAUCGCACAUAAACCUUGAGGAGCUCAGAGACCUCUAUAGCGCCUCCAAUCACUCCUGCCACCGAUUCCCUAACUAUGUGGGCUCUGGGGGUAUAGUGGAACCGGUGAACAUUCACAAGCUACGCAUAGCUCUCUCCCACAGCUCUGUCGUCGUCUCCGUCUUCUGCAAACCAUCCGAUGUUUUAUUUAGUACCAAACCUUCUUCCUCAGAACCUUCAGAAGACCCGAUUAAGCUGCUGUGUCUCGGACAACUGUUCCAGAAAGUGAUGCCGGUCACGCCAUUCAACGGGCAGUUGGUGGGCUUUGGCCGCGCCGUUUCCGAUUUUGGAUUGACUGCUUCCAUCUACGAUAUCAUGGUUACCCCUUCGUUGCAGGGUAUGGGAAUCGGCAGGAUGAUUUGUAAAAGAAUCGUAAGAAUGCUUGCAAGUAGAGACAUAUAUGACAUAGCAGCGCUUUGCUCGGAGAAUGAGAGGUUAUUUUUCAAAGCAUGUGGAUUUGGAGAUGACAUUUUGGGCGCCACUACAAUGAUGUAUUCAAGGAAGGCUUCAACUUAUCAUGAAGGUGAUCAAAUUAUACGUGCAGGUCGAAAGCUCCUGAUACCUCCGCCACUUCCAGAACCCCCUGCAUUCUGAAGGCUAGCGAAUCAUUAGGGAAAGACUAUAAUGAGUUUUGUCUGUUUUAUUAGAAAUAGGGUCUGAAUGUGAAUGUCCAGCUUGUAAAUUUGGCUUAACUGAUCCGAUUGUCAAAUUCAAAACCAACCAACAGUAAAAGAUGUGAACUGGGGAGUCCGUCCGGGACCAUAGAAGUCAUUGUGCUGUUUCAGCAAA